AUCGAGAAUAUGACAUCCUAUCAUUUAAUCAAUAAAGUAGUAGCAGGUGAGGAUUGUGUUAACUUUAUCUAUCAAUAUGUAGGGGAUAGCAAUCGCACAGUUAAAGAGUAUAACGAUAUAAAUACUUGGAGCAUAAUGAAAACUUAUGAAAGGAUCAUCGGACCACCUACCAAUUUUCCUAAUUAUGGAGAUUUUUUAAAAACAUUUGUCAUGAGAACUAAUGGUUUCGACAUCUCGACAUCUCCAUGGCAGAAACCUCUAACAGGUUCAUAUUACAAUAAACCACAAGAUAAUAGCCACAUGUAUUGUAAUUAUCUUGAUCUCGAGUUUCAUGAAGCCGUAUAUCCAGUCAGAGUCUCUAUAUAUGAAGUAUAUAAUCCUGGGUAUGUAACCAAAAUUUGGGCUCAAGGUAAACAACAUUAUCCAGAUGACAUAACUCUUACUAAGAAGAAACAAUGGGAGAACAACCAAUGGUUUCUAUUAUGGGGUGGACCACCUCAGAAUGCAGUUCCUAUGACAUCGCGGAUAUUUUCGCCGCCUCUAAGUUUCUGUGACUUCAAAAUCAAAAAACUCAGACUACAAUUUAUGUACAGCCAUUGGAACUAUUCCACACACCUAGAUGCUGUAGAGCUAAUUGGCACGUCAAAAUUAGUCCUACCUAAAAGUCCUAAACUGAAUUUGACUAAUCUGUUAAAAAAUAUUAACUGCAAGUAUCCUUGCCAUGGGGACAGCCAUAAUUUAACACCUGAUCGUGAAGCUGCACAUUUGGAUAUAGUUCAUCUGCAAGAAAAUUUCUCAAAAUAUUGCGUUAUUUGUAAAAGCAAUAUAGCAAAGAGUUUUAACAAGAGCAAGUUCGGGCACAAGCAAAUGUCACAGGAAAUAGAUGUGGCACGUUCUGAGCAAAGAUAUAGGAACCCAUUUAUUAAAAGCAUUUAUAGGAACUAUUCAUUACAACAUCCACAUUUAUUACAUCAUCCAAAUUAUGCAAAGUUAAUAAAAGAUAUCGAACUCUGCUCGAAUAAAUCCAAAGAGCAAUCAAUAUGUAGCAGUUUUUCUACGCUUUCUGAUGAAAUAGUACUGAUAAUAUUGAAAAACUUGGAUAUGAGGUCGUUGUGCCGUUUGAGCCAAAUCUGACAUCAAGCAACAUUCCUGUUGGGCACUUCAAAAAAUUUGUCAACAUUUGCGGCAAGGGUUUAACG